AUGUUUUUCAAUCCCGAUGAUGUGGAUUGGUUUAAACCUGUUCAAAUGACAACAAAAUAUGGACGCAUUGGACAUAUUAAAGAAUCAUUGGGUACCCAUGGAUACAUGAAAUGUAUAUUUGAUUCACCUAUUACACAACAAGACACUGUGAUGAUGAACCUUUAUAAACGUGUCUACCCGAAAUGGGAUACUACAAAAAUUUGGAAUAGUAGAUUGAAGGAUGAAUGUAUUAUCAGUAAUGAUAACAAUGAUAAUGACAAUAAUGUGAAAAGAGUUGAAAUGGAAAUUUAA